ACAGGUUGACAAGGGAAACCGGAGAAGUGCAAAAUGGAUGUCGUAAAAAAUAUUCUCGGAGGAUUGCAAUCGGGAACGAUCGCAUCGGUGCUUUCGGCGUUCUUGAGCAUGUCGUUAUAUGUCACGUACUUGUUUGUUAAUUACUCCGCGACGAAUGUUCCUUCUAAAUUAUUAAUGCCGUCUUACGAUUUCAUAAUUGUAGGUGGCGGUAGUGCGGAAAUGGGUUACGAGAAUAGAGACAUUAAUGGAGAACGGCAGACUGGCUUUACGAUUGCUCAGGCGACCAUUAGACAUGGGAGCCGGUGUUCCACGGGGAAGGCCUUCCUGCGACCUGCCAGCGCGCGUAAGAAUUUACACGUCGCUAUGCACGCACAUGUUACGAAAAUUUUAAUAGAUCCAUCGUCAAAGAGGGCUUACGGUGUAGAGUUCUUUAGAGACGGAAGCACGUUGCGCGUCAAUGCCAGCAAGGAGGUGAUAGUUUCCGCAGGAUCUAUCAACAGCCCUCAAUUGCUGAUGCUGUCCGGAAUAGGUCCUGGAGAACACUUAAAGGAACACGGGAUACCAGUUAUUCAGAAUUUAAGUGUGGGUUAUAACCUUCAAGACCAUAUAAUGGCGGGAGGCCUUACAUUCUUGCUGGAUGAAGAAGUAUCGUUGGUAGAGAGCAGGUUGUACAAUAUUCGAUAUUUGCUGGAAUACGCCAUAUCCGGCGCCGGUCCUUUGUCAGAUCCAGGAGGUGUCGAAGGACUAGCUUUUAUCAAUACCAAAUACGCGAAUGCCUCCGACGAUUUCCCAGACAUGCAACUGCAUUUUGCGGCAUUGGCUGAGAACACCGACGGCGGCAGAGUUCUUAGAAAGAUUUACGGUCUGAACAGAGAAUACUACGAUGCUGUAUUUGGGGAGUUUAAUCAUAAGGACGCAUGGACCGCGGUUCCCACGCUUAUAAGGCCGAAAAGUAGAGGGGUUAUCAAGCUUCGAAGCAACAAUCCCUUCGAUUACCCGUUGAUUUAUCCCAACUAUUUCGAAAACCCGGACGAUGUGGCGACAUUGGUAGAAGGAAUUAAGUUUGUGGUCGAGAUGAGUAAAACUGCAUCAUUUAGACGUUAUGGAAGCAAAUUAUUACCGAAACCAUUUUCUGGCUGCACGAAUAUUCCUAUGUAUACCGAUCCAUACUGGGAGUGCAUGAUCAGAUUCUAUGCCACGACUAUAUAUCACCCAGUGGGUACUUGCAAGAUGGGGCCUAAUUCGGAUCCAACGGCUGUAGUAGACCCUCGGCUUCGAGUUUACGGAGUCACCGGACUUCGAGUCAUAGACGGCUCGAUUAUGCCAAGCAUAGUCAGUGGUAAUACCAAUGCUCCGAUUAUCAUGAUCGCAGAGAAGGGUGCCGAUAUGAUAAAAGAGGAUUGGUUCAAGAAACGGAGUUUACAGUGAAUAAUUUUUUUGUACUAUCUCAAAUAAGUGAACAGUCUUUGCAAAUUAAUUUACAGCGACUGCUAUUGUUUAUUACAUAAUAGAAACGUAUAAUUAUGUACUCGAAAUAUAUUUCCAUCAUAUAUUGCGAAUAGCGGAAUUCGCGUCAGAAUAUAGUCUGUUUAUCCGAACUUAUCGGGGAACAAACAGUUAGUAAAGCAGCGGUUCAACAACUUUUCCUGUUACGUUCCUUUGAUGUUGAUAUAUUGCAUUGUAAUCGAAACCUAUAGUAUGAGAUAAGCAUAGCGUCGAUGAAGGAAAGUCGUUACAGAC